ACGUAAUUUUCGCGGAACGAAAAUGGACAAGAUAAUAAACAAAUGGAUAAUACGUUUACUUUGUAAACAUUUAUCAAGUUUCAGCAUAAAAACUAGUAUUUAUUUAGUUGGUAAAACCAUGAAAAAAUUGAAAAAUUGAAAAAAUGGAAAAAUUAAGAGUUAUGUAAUAACCUUAAAAAUGACUGACAAAAUAUUUAAAAAUACACAAGCGUCUUGCAUUUACCUUACAGGAUUGAAAUGAUCAACUACGAUGGAACCUGCCGACAAUUAAUUAGAAAAUUCAAUAACAUCAUUCCAAUGGAUUUGUUAUUUCAUAAUGCUCUUCUAUACUGGAUCAACCAACAUGGCACAGACAAUCGUGUGUACAUUACAAACAUAACAUCACGCCUUACAAGUACGCUCACCCCACAACUUCGUCUGAAACCAACAUCAGUAGUAUUCUUUGGAAAUACAAGAAAAGGGCUGGGCCAAUGGUCAGAAUGGAUUGACAUCACUAGUUGCCCUGCUAAUUGCGUUGGAAUCGUUCAAAGAAAAAGAGUUUGUCAAAAUCCAUUUUUAUCAAACUAUGAAAAGCGGUGCGUUAAAACAAAAUGCACACGUAAUUUUCAAUGUUAUACGAACGGAAAUUUGCAAUCAACUGAAACAAGUAGUUUUCAAUGCGUUUAUCCGUGCAAAGCCAUUAAUUUUGUUGAUGAAAAAAAAAUUGUCGGCUAA